AUGUCCGACGCUACCAAAUCUGCUGAAAAUGUCCAGCAAGUGGAGCGGCCUGAGGUCGCUACAGACCCGAAGCCAAUUGCUGCAGUCGAUACGCUUCACCACGACGAAGCGGUGAAAAUUCUCGACAGAUACACAGGCGACAGUGGUUGGGCGGAAACAGAGGAAUCCAAGCUACGUCGUAAAGUAGACUGGAAACUUAUGCCUGUCCUUUGUCUGACGUACGGUUUACAAUAUUACGACAAAGCAAUGCUUUCCCAAGCGGCUUUGUUUGGGCUUAGAACCGAUUUAGACCUCACCAUUAGCGAUCGAUAUUCAUGGUCCGCUUCUAUCUUCUACCUCGGUUUCAUUGCCGGCGCCUAUCCUGCCAUGAUCUUAGCACAGAAGUUUCCAGUGGAAAAGGUCGCCUCAGUCAUAGUCACUCUUUGGGGCCUGUGCCUCAUCUUGACUACAUCAUGCUCAGACUACCGUGGCUUGUACGUUCAGCGAUUUUGCCUUGGUUUGCUGGAGUCUGGGAUCUCCCCUAUGUUCAUGCUGAUCGUUGGGAGCUUUUACAAGAAGAAUGAACAGGCAAUGCGCAUGGGCAUUUGGUACAGUUGUACUGGAUACGUUUCCAUCUUCUCUCCUCUUAUCAACUAUGGAUUCGGCAAGCUUAACGGAGGCGUCUCUUCUUGGAGAUACAUGUUUUACUUUGCUGGCUCGCUGACUAUUACCUGGGGUCUUCUUCUCUACUUCCUCCUACCUGCCGACCCCAUUAGAGCCAAAGGCUUUAACGAAAGAGAGCGUUACAUACUUGUUGCCCGCCUCAGGAGUAAUAACUCUGGUGUGCGAAACACCCACUACAAGAUGGAUCAAGUUGGGGAGCUCGCGCUAGAUAUGAAGUUCUGGCUUGUAUUUGCGGUGGCAUUUCUUUGCAUGGUUGCAAAUGGUCCUAUAUCGACUUUUGUCCCCAUCAUCAUCAACGGCUUCGGAUUCAGUACUCUUAAUUCGCUCCUGCUUACCAUGCCUGCAGGUGCAUAUGGAGGUACGGUGCAACUGGUUAUGCCAUACGUUGCAUACAAAUUCAAGAAUUGUCGGACAUGGGUUAUCUUUGGGGCACAACUAGGGACCACAUUGGCAGCUAUUCUACUCUGGCUUCUACCCAGAUCAGCCAAGGGUGGUUUGCUGUUUGCUGCAUAUAUAUUGCCGUCUGUUGGAGGUGGCUAUGCGGUGCUCAUGGGUCUUCAAAUCGCCAAUACAGCCGGCUACACCAAGCGUUCCAUUGCCUCAUCUGGAUUGUAUAUUGGGUACUGUCUAGGUAACUUCGUUGGUCCGCUGGUCUUCCGGAAGCAAGAUGCACCGGAGUAUGCCUUCGGUUUUAUUGUGGUUGUCAUCACGUCCCUAGCCGCAGGUAUUCUUUGUCUGGUUUAUCGCUUCUUUUGUGUGUGGCAGAACAAGCGGCGAGACCGGGCUGGCACUAUGGAGGGGUUCGAUCACGCCUAUGACGAUGACCUGACAGACAUUAAGGUGUAUGCACCUGAGAACCAAUCCAAUGCUCAAAAGCAGGCUCUCGAGGCAUGCCUCGAACAGAGGUAUAACUUCUCUAGCGCGCACGAGCAGGACCUACAAGAAAGCUUCGCAGAAACGUAUUGGGAAUACUGCUACUCGUGGUGUCCUGUUCUUGAUCCCGAAACCCUCGCAAGCGAUAUUGCUCGCUCUCCAUUACUUGCAAACGCUCUUGCAACUGCCUCCAGCAAUAUACAACCUCCUCUUGUUCCUCACGAGGGGCCUGCCGAGUAUUAUAAGAAGGCGAGGACUAUUUUCUAUGAGGACGAGGAGUCGGACGGCUUAACGACGCUGAUGGCUUUGUCACUCUUCUACUGGUUUGCCCCAAAACCACCGAGUACAGUGCACCGACACUCAUCCUGGUGGUGGACCUCCGUUAUUAUUCGUCAUGCACAGCAAAUGAACCUUCAUCGAGAGCCGGCGUCUGAACAUAUUUCGGGCAGCAAUCUAAAGCUAGGGCUUCGCCGGAGGAUAUGGUGGACUGCUUUUGUCAGUUUCUACGAACUUCUCGCAGGCUGA